UCGUAAGAAAAGGGGGUAAUGAAGUUAAGUACUAAGAUUUCCCACGCACUGUGAAUGCACCGCACCUGCACAGUUGCGCUGCUCACAGCUCCUCCCUGCUCAGACCAAACGCACUUUCUUCCAUGGCAUCUAUCUGCAUAGAGCAAGAGGCACCAGAUGUUGUAGGAGUUCAGUCCUGAAAUCCGUUGAGCUGAGGAGUUUUUUUUGUUGUUGUUGAAGAAUCCUGGCUGGUUUUAUAUAUACAUAUAGUCCCUGCACCUGCUGCCACAACCUGAGGGGUUCCAUCCACGGACCGAACUAGGAACCACUGGAGAUGCUGCUGCAGGAUGCAUCCAUUGUGAAGGCCACCUGUUUCUCUGGAGGGUGGUAGGGAAGAAACAGAUUCCCAAUCUGCUCUGAGGAUUUCUAUUUUUGUUUUUUUGAGAUCUCAAAUCAUUUAUUUUUAUUUUUUUUUGUUACUUUUGGGUCAGAUCUGAUACCACAAACCAAACUGAUGCAUCAGGAAUAUUAAAACUUGCAUUAAAUACCUACCAAAGAGUGGAAGACGGUGUACUCAGCUGAAAUGGACAGUAUUUUUUUUUAGUGCACUUGUGGACUCUGAUAGAGGAUGGUAUUGUUGAAUUGAAUGAAUGUGGAAGUGAACAAACUGUGUUGUGCCAAUGUUCUAGUUCAGCAUUUUGAAAUACAGGUUUUCAGUUAUUCAAUUCUAAUGGUUGUCAGUGUCUUAUUUUGGUUGGAAUAAUCUUUCACUUAGUGAUUUACCUCUGCCAAUCUCCUUACGAACCUAAUUGAACCCAAAGUGAGUAGAUUGGAGACAUUUUUUUUUUUUUUUUUGAAAAUAACACUUGAUACUUUUGAAAUUUUAUUUAUUUUGACUACUCAGUUAAAAAGGGUGACACAUAGUGGCGAGCCAGCCAGGAGAUUGGUAUUGUGGUUUUAUUUCCAACCAUUACGAUACACUGUUUUGACACCAUUUGUAUAAAUUUGAAAUGGAUCUUUGUGAACGUUUUGCAGCUGACAGCCAGAAAACCCUGUAUGUUACAGGUGUUACAGCAAGCCAUAGUGAUAAUGACAUUUCUGAUGUUUUUGGGGCAAAUGGUAAAAUCUCUAAAAUUGUCAGGGUCCCCAAUGAGCCACAUCAGCCCGAAGGCAGAACACUCAUAAUGUAUGAAUCUGAACAAGCUAUCUUAAAGAUAGACCCUUCAACCUUAGGAGAAAUAGUCUUGACUGUAGACCCACCUAUAAAAUGGUAUUCAAAAACCAUUAGAGACAUUACCCAAGAAGAGAUAGGCAAAGAAAUGGCGCGCCGAUACCUGAGAGAACUGGAGUUCAUGGGGGAUAGUGGGAAAGCAGGCUUCUUUAGCUUCCUUCAAAGUGAGUUGCACGCUAGCCUUACUCCUCAGACUGAAAUACAUCCACCCACGAACCAGACUGUUAAUACAACUACGGACGAUGUUCAAAAUACUAAGUCAACAGAAGCUGUAGAGCCCACAAGUGUAUUUAGCCCACAUAGUGACACUUCUGUAGGCUCUGUACAUGUAGAUGAGAACCUGUACAAUCCCCCACAUAUUCAGAAGGUAGUGGUUGAGCAUAUUAUUCGUAAUGAGCCAACUCAUGCACCUCUUGCACAUGCAAAGAUACGCACAUUUUCAGGUCGACUCCCGAGACCCAAUGGUGAAGUCGAUUACGAAACAUGGCGCACCCAAGUUGAUCUGCUGCUCAGUGACUCCUCUUUAACUGAUUCACUCAAGGUUAGGAAGAUACUUGAAAGCUUAUUAAGCCCUGCAUCUGAAGUUGUUAAAUCUCUCGGGGUAACCGCAUCACCAAGCGCCUUAGUUACUCAACUUGAUUCAGCUUUUGGAGUUGUAGAAGACGGUGAGGAGCUUUUCACUACCUUCCUUGGUUCAAAUCAAAAUAGUGGGGAAAAACCAUCUGCUUUUUUGAACCGUCUUCACAGCCUUCUUACUAAAGUCAUUUCUAGAGUGGGAGCCUCUGCUGUAAAUUUUAAUGAACUACUCCUCAAGCAAUUCAUACGAGGUUGCUGGGACCAAAGCUUGAUAAUAAGUCUCCAGCUUGAGGCAAGGAAGGAUCUUCCACCCCCAUUUCCAGAGCUUCUCCUUCAGUUGAGGACAGAAGAAGAUCGACGCUCUGCCAAGUUAGACCGUAUGAAAAAACAUUUAGGUGCUACAAAAGCUGCUGCCCAUGCUCACUCAGUCCUCAGUAUGCCCAGUUUUGAUCAAACACCACUCGCAACCCCCAUCCCAACUGACAGUGAAACUGUAAAACUUGAGCAAAAGGUCACUGAACUCACAAAGCAAGUAGAAAGGUUAACUCAAAGAGCACUGCCUCAGACACUGAACCCCAACUGA